GUGGUAACGACGUGCGCAGCACCAACUCCGUUGCAACUGUACAGCAUCCACCAUGGCUCGUCUCCUGCUAGUCGCCACCCUGGCCGCUCUUGCCUCACUGGCAGCAUGCCAAACUGACUGUUACACCAAGCAAGACUUUACAGCAGUGUACGGUGGCACCGUAGCUGUGACCGACGAAGGCGUUCAAUGCCAGUCCUGGUCCAGCAAGACACCAAACAAUCACGCCUUUCUCCCUGAGCACUUCGACGUCACCAACGGUGCAAAGUCCUCCGACUAUCCUGGGAACUACUGCCGGGACCCAUCUGGAAAUGGCUCGCCCUCACUUGGAUUUCUCUGGUGCUACACAGCUACUGGAACAGGCUGGGGGACAUGUGAUAUUCAUAAGUGUCAUGAUCAAUAACUGUACAUUAAUGAAGCAUGAACUUUAAAACAAGUUGGAAUCGUGGAUCUCGUUUCAAAAAUAAAUCUGAAUUGACAAAAAUA